AGGCCAUGCCCAGAGAUUAGAUUUCCACUGGCACCAAAGGAUCAGCUUACUGCUCUAUGUGUGCCUCUCCUUGCCCAGCUCUGAACUACACUCAGUAUGCCUCUUUCUGUCCUAAACAAAGAGACAUUCAUUUUUCUAACACAUACAUUAAGUGCAUUUUGACUCUCAGACCUGUGUACACAGUGGAGAAUCUAGCUCUGCUCUGCAGGAGUUAUCCAAGUUCCACCAUUAUCUCUGUGGACUUCUUGGUUCCAACGAAUCCUUCUUCUUGUCUGUUGUGCCAUGUCACACUGAAGUCAGUGACAAGAGCCAAGCCUGAACUUCAAACACCCAGGCAGAACAAGAGGUGCAAGCAAAAACAUUUGCCAGAAAAUUAAAGGGAAAAUAAUCUUGGCAGAAGAACAAAAAGGAGGAAGAGGUGGGGGAGGAGGAGGAGGAGGAGGAGGAGGAGGAGGAGGAGGAGGAGGAGGAGGAGGAGGAGGAGGGAACCAGACAAUAUGAUAUCAAAACUUCUAAAGGAGAAACUCAAGGUCUAUCCUUGAGAAACACCAGCAGGGUAUCUUCUUACUUCUCAAUUCAUGGUCCUAUCCAACAUUACUCAUUUUAGCCCUAUGUUCUACCUCAGUGGCUUUCCUGGUUUGGAAGCCUUUGAACACUGGAUCUUCAUCCCCUUUUUCUUGAUGUACCUGGUGGCCAUUUCAGGCAAUUGUCUCAUUCUGAUAAUUAUUAAGACCAACCCUCGUCUGCACACACCCAUGUACUAUCUACUUUCCUUGCUGGCCCUCACUGACCUGGGGCUGUCAGUGUCUACCUUGCCCACCAUGGUGGGUAUUUUUUGGUUCAAUUACCAUGGCAUUUAUUUUGGAGCCUGCCAAAUCCAGAUGUUCUGCAUCCACUCUUUUUCCUUCAUGGAGUCUGCAGUGCUCCUCGUCAUGUCCUUUGAUCGUUUUGUGGCCAUCUGCCACCCACUGAGGUACUCCUCCAUUAUUACCGUUCAGAGGGUAAUGAGGGCAGGCCUAUGUGUCAUCCUCAGGGGGCCUGUAGCCCUUAUCCCAAUUGUGCUCCUCCUGAAGGAUUUUCCCUACUGUGGACCUCUUGUCCUCUCCCACUCAUUUUGUCUACACCAGGAAGUGAUACACCUGGCAUGUGUAGACACCACCUUCAACAACCUAUAUGGACUGUCACUGGUGGUGUUCACCGUGAUGCUAGACCUCGUGCUCAUUGCGCUGUCCUAUGGAUUCAUCCUAUACACGGUGGCUGGUCUGGCUUCCCAAGAGGAGCAGAUCCGAGCCUUCCAAACAUGUACUUCACAUCUCUGUGCUGUGCUUGUGUUCUUUGUGCCCAUGAUGGGACUGUCCCUGGUACACCGCUUUGGGAAACAUGCUCCACCUGCUGUGCAUCUUCUCAUGGCCAACAUCUACCUCUUUGUACCACCCAUGCUUAACCCAGUCAUAUAUAGUAUUAAGACAAAGGAAAUCCGAAAAGCAAUCAUCAGGUUCCUAGGUUUUAGAAAGGUCAAUUCUGAAUCCUGGGGAUAAAUGAAUAACUGAAUGUCCUUACUCUAAAAGUCAAAACUCUAUCAAAUUAAGUAUCUAUCAUAACACCCAGCAUCCUGAGAGCUUCGACCUCCAAGUCAUAAAUAAAAUGCAAAUAUGUUUCUUUUCUUUCGAAUUGUGGCUCAAGAACACAGACCUUCUUUUUCUUAAAUUAUGAUGCCCCUUUCUUCCCAUCUUUUCUGCUUGGCCAAAGUCCUCCUGCUCUUUUUCUAUUCUGGUUAAGCCUACUGUCAGACCCCAGAGUUACAUUAAUUCAUCAAAAUCUGACACACUUCCCCUAAAGUGGUUUAAAAACAAUCCCUCAACUCUUCCUGAAGUUGUUCUCCUACGAUCAUUCCUCUAGUAGAAGCCCUUGACCUCCUCCUGAGUCUGCUCAUCUCUGAUUGUAGCUUGCUUGUUUGUUUUAAUCCCUUGAAUCCAGCAAAUCAAUUCAAUGUUAAACUGGAGCCACGAUGUAUAUCUGGCUGCUGUAGUUGUGAGAUGCUGCACAGUGAUGUGCUGGAGAACAGGUUCAGACAAAUAAACCGUGACAAACAUGUUGGGUCACAAUUGCUCAGGAUAUAUGAGCUCCAAAUCAGCAGAGCAUCCAUACCCUACCCUGCUACAACUGACCAUAAUCCAUGUUUAGUCUCACCUUUAAUGCUACUUCCUAAAUGACAGGCAGUUUUCUAAACACAGAGCAGACAGGGCUGUUUGUUUUCAUAGCAUUCCAUAUUUGCCAUGUUAACAUUUGUCAUAAAUAGCAUGUGGUUUGUAUGUUAUGUAUUGUGUGCAUGUGUUCAUUAGGAUAUAAAACUAAUUUAAACUCCCUGAAAUUAUUAUAGAUGCAUCUACCAUUAAUAAAUCUAUGUGCUAUAAAUUCAA